GAUGGACCAAAAUGUUGACAGCCAUCAUUAUGAGGCAGCUCAUUAUAGAGUGAAAUAUGACAAACAGGAGUUCAACAUAAAGAGAUAUCCAGUUAGUCGCUGUGGCAACAACAACCUGGGGAGACCGAAGCGGGUCGUGUCAUGCAAGAGGAAAACCCAUCAUGUGGCAGUGUUUCGACGGAAACAACACAGAUGUGGGAGAAAUUUGGAUGCAGCAAACAAAAAAAAUGAGCUGCAACACUUAAAAGACACACAGCAGGACAUGUUCUUUAUGGAUCCACUGGAGUUCCCACUAAAUGUCAGCCAGAACAGUAAUACUAGAACAGUUUCUGAGCAGAAUGACUACUACGCACUCAACGAGCUCCGUCAGGAUCACAACACAAUGACUGAUGUGCUGUUUGCAAGACAUCUGCGACUGAAGGUGGCAUUAACAUUAUGGAAAAGAAACUUUGAAGAGCUGCUGACGUAUUUUCUCAAAAUCCAAGACACUGGUGUGAUUGUUGAUUUACUCCCUCUUUUAUGCAAAUGCAUUGAUGAGGAUUCAUCCAGGAUUAACAUCGGCUGCUGCGUUGACCUUUUCCCUCUAGUUAGGCAAAUCCUCAGCAAGCCGUAUGAAGGGUAUCGAAUUGUUGGUUUUAAGUGGAUAUAUGCAGUUUUAAAAAACUGGUGGGAGGAGCUUCAAAUGAGUGGCUUAGGUGGAUCUUCUUCACGUCAGCACGAUCAAAAUUUCCAGGAUUUUAAUCAUCAGUUAUGGAACUUGUGGGACGAGGAACCUCUACUGAAAUCUGCUCCAGCUGUGGCAGGAGAAAUGGCUAAUGUCAUUGCCACCUUCCUUUUUCAACUUAAAUUAUAG